GUUUCUAAAAAAAAAAUAUGAGGAUACACGACGCGACGCGAUUGAUUUCCAUAUGGAACUCAUAUCAUGUAAAGGCAGAGUUGGGUAGAGAGUUGUGGGGAAAGUUAAGACUUUCACCAGCCCAACCCUAAACUUUCUCUGCUUUCUCUCUCGUACGCAUGGCCACACUAAAAGAGCCACACACCCAAAAAACACACCCUGAAAAAGCUGUCUCCUGCUGGACUUUCUUUGCCAGUCUCUCUCCAGACUCUCUAAAUCCACACCGAAAAAAUCCCAUCCACCCACACAGACGGAGAGAGAGAGAGUGGUGGCUUAUCAAUAAUGCAACAAUCAAGUUCAUCACAAAAAUUGAACUUUUCUGCGUUUAAAUCAUCAUUUACAUCAAAUGUGGUCGCAUUAAAGAGACGAUUUUCCAGUGGGGAUCUCGAAAAUGAGGGGUACGAAGAGCAAGCGAAAGAAGUAAUAUCGUCCGUUCAACCGGAUGCAGUGCCAGCACCACUCCCACCAGUGCCACCACCCUCAUCAAAAACUAUUUCUGCACCCACCUCGCCCUCCAGAUCAUCAAGUGUCAACAUAUUUCAAAAAUUACAAAGCAGCGUGAGUGGAGUGGCGAGCAAUAUUUCUUCAAAUAUUCAGCAGUUCACAGGCACUGGAUUAUCUGGCGGAGUGAAAAUACCUUACAAAGAUCCUACCACAUUGAUCCUCCUCGUCAUCGAUGACCACAACACGGACUGGUCAAAGUAUUUCAAAUCGAAACGCAUCCAAAAUUUAGAGAUUCAAGUCGAACAGUGCGAAUUCUCCGAAAUUUCUGUCGUGGCAUAUGAAUCCAUCGUCGUCGCAUCUUACAUUCAGUAUCAAACCGGGGUCGGCCGUCAACUCAGACAAUUCAUACCUGAUUUCUUGCUUAUUAGGCAAAAUCUUAGAGAUGCUGGAAGGGACUUUAAGAACGCCCUGUUGGCCUUUAUGUACGCUGGUCUGUACUCUGUGAAUUCUUUGGGGGCGAUUUACAAUUUCCAAGAUAAGCCAUGGGUGUUUGCCCACAUGCUCGCAAUUCAGAGGAAAUUGGGCAAGGACAACUUUCCAAUCAUCGAACAAAAUUUCUACCCCAAUUUCAACCUCAUGGGUGGCUUCGUACCACGACUCCCAUGCGUACUCAAAAUUGGACAUGCUCAUGGAGGAUUGGGCAAAAUCAGAGUUCCAACCACUAAUGAUUAUGCGGAUGCAUCGUCCGUUGUCGCUGUUACGGGGACUUAUUGCACUUCGGAGCCUUAUGUAGAGGCAAGAUGCGAUGUUCACAUUCAAAAAAUUGGGAACCAGUACAAGGCGUUUAUGCGGAAAGGCAUUGUUGGACAUUGGAAAUCAUCUGGAGGAUCAACAAUGUUAGAACAGAUUCCCGUCACGGAGAAAUAUCGAAUGUGGGUUGACAAUGUGGCCACGUUAUUUGGAGGCCUGGACGUGUGUGCUUUGGAAGUACUGGUCGGCAAGGAUGGCAAGGAGUGGAUCAUUGAAGUCAACGAUUCAGCACUCUCACUCAUGGGUGAGACACAGGAGGAGGAUCGUCGUCAUAUCGCAGAAUUAGUCCUUUCGAGGAUGACAUUUGUUCAAGAAAAGGAAAAGGAACGGGUCAAAUAUCGUAGACAAAGUGUGGACGGAGAAGACGGACCCAGUGGAGAGAGGAAUCUUAGAAGAGAAUCAAUGGGAUCGACGAGUUCGAGUACCACGUCGGCGUUACCGAACGCAGCGGCGUCAUCAAUUCAAUCUGCGGCCUCAUCUGCCGUAUCCGCCGCGGCGCAAGGGGUCAGCAGCGUGAGCAAUAAAUUAUUCUCCAGACAAAAUUCUCAACAGGCCGGCGCGGCGGGGACGGAAACCACGCCUGCUGCUUCGAAUACUACAGCCACACCCACUGCCAACGCCACCAACACCGACUCUGAAUUAGAUACUGGAAUUUCUAAUUUAAAGAAAACCUUUGCUGGUAUCUUUGGGGACAUGUAAGGCGAAACAAUAAUAAAAAAAUAGUAGAAUUUAAACCCUAUCACCAUGGAAACAGGAAAAAAAGUAGUAAAAAAAUAAUUAGCAACAAAAAAACACAA